GGCUCCGGAGGGGCGGGCGGGUUCCACCCCCGGCUGGCCGCGCGCCCGCGCCUCCCAAUUCCCGGAGCAGGGCGCGGGCUCCCGGCGGCAGUCGGCGGCUCCGCUCCCGCCUGGGCGUCUGGGCUCUGGGCCAGGGCGGGCUGGGAGCGGCGGCGGCGGCGGCUCGGGGCCGCGGAUCCCACGGAGGGCGGCGGCCUGGGCCAGCCAAGCCAUGGCGGCUCCGGAGCCGGCGCCGAGGCGGGGCCGGGAGCGGGACCGGGAGCGGGAGGAUGAGAGCGAGGACGAGAGCGACAUCCUGGAGGAGAGCCCUUGCGGCCGCUGGCAGAAGCGGCGGGAGCAGGUGAACCAGGGGAACAUGCCAGGGGUCCAGAGCACCUUCCUGGCCAUGGACACUGAGGAGGGGGUGGAGGUGGUGUGGAAUGAGUUGCACUUCGGGGACAGGAAGGCUUUCGCAGCCCAUGAGGAGAAGAUCCAGACCAUGUUUGAGCAGCUGGCCCUGGUAGACCACCCCAACAUUGUCAAGCUGCACAAACACUGGCUGGAUGCCUCGGAAGCCCGGGCACGGGUCAUCUUCAUCACCGAGUACGUGUCGUCAGGCAGCCUCAAGCAAUUCCUCAAGAAGACCAAGAAAAACCACAAAGCCAUGAACGCCCGGGCCUGGAAGCGCUGGUGCACACAGAUCCUGUCGGCGCUCAGCUUUCUACACGCCUGCAACCCCCCCAUCAUCCACGGGAACCUGACCAGCGAUACUGUCUUCAUACAACACAAUGGCCUCGUCAAGAUUGGCUCUGUGUGGCACCGCAUCCUCUCCAAUGCACUCCCAGAUGAUCUCCGGAGCCCUAUCCGUGUGGAGCGUGAGGAACCACGGAACCUGCAUUUCUUCCCACCAGAGUACGGCGACGUGGCUGACGGCACUGCCGUGGACAUCUUCUCCUUUGGGAUGUGUGCACUGGAGAUGGCUGUGCUGGAGAUCCAAGCCAAUGGAGACACCCGGGUCACAGAGGAGGCCAUCACUCGCGCCAGGCACUCACUCAGCGACCCCAACAUGCGGGAGUUCAUCCUCUCCUGCCUGGCCCGGGACCCCAGCCGGCGGCCCUCAGCCCACAACCUCCUCUUCCACCGCGUGCUCUUCGAAGUGCACUCCCUGAAGCUCCUGGCCGCUCACUGCUUCCUCCAGCACCAAUACCUCAUGCCUGAGAACGUGGUGGAGGAAAAGACCAAGGCGGUGGACCUGAAUGCAGUCCUGGCGGAGCUUCCCCGGCCGCCCCGGCCCCCACUGCAGUGGCGGUACUCAGAGGUCUCCUACCUGGAGCUUGACAAAUUCCUGGAGGAUGUCAGGAAUGGGAUCUACCCGCUGAUGAACUUUGCCGCUGCUCGACCCCUGGGGCUUCCCCGAGUGCUGGCCCCACCGCCUGAGGAGACCCAGAAGGCCAAGACCCCGACACCGGAACCUUUUGACUCAGAGACCAGAAAGGUGAUCCAGAUGCAAUGCAACCUGGAGAGAAGUGAGGACAAGGCCCGCUGGCAUCUCACUCUGCUUCUGGUGCUGGAGGACCGGCUGCACCGGCAGCUCACUUACGACCUGCUCCCAACGGACAGUGCCCAGGACCUUGCUGCCGAGCUGGUACACUAUGGCUUCGUUCACGAGGAUGACCGGACCAAGCUGGCUGCCUUCCUGGAAAGCACCUUCCUCAAGUACCUUGGAGCUCAGCCGUGACCUCCCAACCCCAGCCCCUAGGGACCAGCCCUGGCAGCCCGCAUGGGGAAGCUCAGCAUUGGCCCAGGGUUCAGAGGACCAGAGGCUGUCCUCUGCUUACAUGCUGGGGGCUGAUGACCAAACACCUGCCUUCUACAGCUUCCAAGGAGGCCCUGGAGUGGGGUGGGGAAGGUGGUGGCUUUGGAGCUACAGGGGGACGAUCAGGGGGUGAAGGAGCCUAGGUUGGGGGUCAGGGGAGUCGUUAGGUCCCACAUGUCCUUAGGAUCAGGAUCCCCCCCCCACCUAGCCAGCUUCCACAACUCAGAAUCCUUUCCCGUGUCCACCAUUUCCUGGCCAGAGCUCUCCCCCCACCCCAGGAUAUCCGGCCAGUGAUUGUACCUUCAGCAUGGGGGAGGCUGCCCCUCAGGGAAGCCCAGUGCUGAGGGUGGGGGACCCGUGUUCUGGACAGAUGUCUGGCCAGGGAAAUGCUCCACCCCCUGUUGGAACCACAGACCCACGUGAGGAACCCCCACAUUAAGCCAGUGGCACCACACCUGCAGACGUCAGGCACAGUGCUGGGCACAGGACAGGGCCACAACCUGGCAGGAGAAGCAGUUGACAGAGAAGUUUCCAGGAGCCCAAGUUCAUAGUUUGAUGUGGCCUCUGCACAGCCCUCCAACCGCUGCCCAGUGCAGACCCGCCAUGGAGCCCCCUUCAGACUUUCCACUGCUCUGAGACAGGGAUCUGCCAGCCCUCUGCAGAUACUCUCUGGUCCCUGCACCCCCCCUCCAAAGGGCUCUUUUCUCUUCCAUUCCCUGGCCUGGAUGGGUUGGGCUCGGGCAGAUACCCGCUCUUCACUGUGCCUCCUCUCAAACCCAUUACCCCCUUUGUUACCUCCCUCACCUCUUCCCAUGGCGGCUGCCUCCCAGGUCCUGAGACUGUCAGCUCCUGAUUCCCCGUCUCUCCCCCUCAACUCCUUCCCACCCCUCAUUGCCCUGGCCUCAUUUCUCCCAGACUGCCUCCCCUCCGUCUUCAAAUUGAGUUAAACAUUCUUAAACAUUUUAAAUCGCAUGUAUACAUUUAGUGCGUUCAGAUUCCUUUUUAAGUAUUUCUAGUAUCAAAUCAGGAAAGCCCACGGUUGCAUUAGUUCUCUGUCGUUGCUAUAAGAAUUUACCACAAACUUAGUGGCUUAAAAUACCACAAAUUUAUUAUAGUUCUGCAGGUCAAAAGUCUGGUACAGGUCUCACCAGACUAAACUCAAGCUGUUAGCAAGGCUAUGUUCCUUUCUGGAAGUUCUAGGGGAGCCUAGAGCCAUUUCCUAGGUUUCCAUUUUCUGUUCCUUCAGCUUGGGUCUGCAGGUGUCAGGCAUGGUGCAAGCUGUGGGCACUGGGCAGGAAUUCAUUUCCUUGCAAUGGUAGGGCCAAGGUCCCCAUUUUCUUGCCCUGAAAGAAACUGAAGGUCAUUGUCAGCUUCCACAGGCACCACAUUCCUUGGCUCACGUACCCAUCUUCCAUCUCCAAAGCCAGCAACAACUAGUUAAGUCUUUCUCAUGAACCGUCUGUCUGGUUUUUUGCAGCCAGGAAAGCCUCAUGUAAUUAGGUUGGGUCUACCUGGAUAAUCCAGAAUAAUCUCCCUACCGCAAGGUUCCUUAAUCAUACCUACAAAAUCCUUUUUGCCAUAUAAAGUAACAUUCACAAGUUCUGGGGUUACAGCACGGACAUCUUGGAGGGAAGGUGUCCUUUCUCCACCUACCACAUUGCCCUAACCAAAAACCAAACCAAAACCAAGUUACCAAGGUGUCUCAAAUAAAUUAAAUGUACAAACAUG